CAGUGAAUGAAACACAACGUGACUUAGAGGAGGACAGGCAGCAGGGCGCUGUGGCUCCUGAGGUAGUACAAGACGUGAUGCUUAGCACUUCAGAACAUUUCUAAGUUCUUCUGCACAAAUGGGCAUAGUUUGGGACAUUUGUGGACAAUGGGAUGCUGUUGCCACUGAGUGAGGCCGUGCUUUGUAAAAACGGUUGACUUAAAAAUUACUGGACAUUACCUGAGUCCCUCUUGUUGUUUUGUUCUUUCUCUAAACAAGGAGGAAGAAGUCGUCUCCAGUGCUCUACAGCAAACUAGGCUUGUUUCGACGAAGGAUUUUUUGCUCCUGGUGAUGCUCUGGGUGAAGAAAAGCUGCAAACUUUAACCAGCGAGAGGAAGCCGUAUCCUGACGCGAAGUAGCAGCUGCUGAGUUGUCUGCUGAAGUUUGUUCGCAGUCUUUUAUCGUCGACAUUUCAUUAUCAGCCAUGUUAACGCCUUGCGUGUGGACAAAGGUCUGUGUAAUUUUCAGAGAUUACUGCAGGUAUUGCCUCGUACCGUGAGAAUACACAGGAUGCACUUGAAGACGCGGCUAACACGGCUAACCAUGCUAGUUUUACAUGACUCAGUCAAUGUUAAUGAAUGUAACGCAGCGGGUGUUGUCUGCUCCAUGAAUCGGUGCUGAUGACUCGCGUCUGACUGGAGAGAAAGGACUUAAGACUGUCCUCUGUCGCAUUUGGACUAUAACUUUGACCUGGGGCUUGGAUAUUAUGAUUUUAUGAGAAGAAUGGGGUCUCUGAAGGCGCUCCAAGAGUGGUGUCGGAUACAGUGUGAAGAUUACCACGAUGUUGCCAUUAAGGACAUGUCCACGUCCUUUCGGGACGGCUUGGCUUUCUGUGCUCUCAUACACAGAUACAGGCCAGAUCUGAUAGACUUUUCUUCUUUGUCCAAAGAAAAUGUCUAUGAGAACAACCGACUGGCCUUUGAAGUGGCUGAGACACAGUUGGGAAUCCCGGCACUGUUGGACCCAGAGGACAUGGUGUCCAUGAGAGUACCAGACCGACUCAGCAUCAUCACCUAUGUCUCUCAGUAUUACAACUUUUUCAACAACAAAUCCCAUGCAAAUCCUCCCUGUAUGAAGAGGCCGAGUCCUAUUGGUCCCAUUAGUGAACUCGCCCAGAAGAAACCUGCAUUGCCUUUAGACGACAAAAUAAAUGAGAAUGAGACAGGAGCAGAGGCCAAGCGCAGCACCUUGAGCAGCACCUGCUCUGUCUGUAACAAACACGUUCACCUGGUGCAGAGGUUUCUCGUGGACGGAAAGCUCUUCCAUCGCAACUGCUUCAGAUGCACUGAAUGCCACAGCACGUUACUUCCAGGAUCCUACAAACUGGUGAGCAACUCUGGGUCGUUGGUCUGCACGCAUCACUUUGCUCGCCACAGUUCAUCCAAUCAAAACGGCCGACCAGAUCUCAGCAAGAAACCAGAACUGAGUGUGAAACCUGUUCUAGUCGAGUCUGCCAGGAUUGGUCGCAGUCCCGUUCCUCACUCUUCCUCUGUGUCAUGUAAAACGGAGGAAGAUUUAAGUAGUAAAGAAAAGACAACCAAAGACACUCCUAUAGUCACUCCUGUUAUAGCCAUUGAAGACAACUCUAUAGAAGAAGCAAGUGUAACUGACAAUGAGGCAGAAGCUCAACCAUCGACCCCUCCUAAUCCUUUCGAUGACAGUGAUGAAGAGGAGGAGGAUGAUUCUGUAAAAGAGGAGCAGAUUGAAACACCAAUACAACACACAGUCAAUGGAGAUCUGCCCUCUGCUCCUGUUAGUCAGUCUGAAUGUGCAAGUCGACCUGUUCCUGCUCCAAGGAGGGUGUCUGAUCCCACACCACCCCCUCGACCUGCCCCUCGAGUCCGGCUUCCUCCCACUGCAAGCUCUGCUACAGCGAGUGAACCACAUAAGCCUCUUAUUGCACCAAAACCAAGAGAACGAUCACGGUCUCCAGGAAGUCUGUCUGGUGGUUCUCAAAAAUCCAAAGAUCCCCCAUGGCUCGCUUUGGUCCAAUCACAAGAAUCCAAGAAGAAGAAAGCCCCUCCCCCUCCUGUCCCCGGACUGGCUACCCCCCCAAACUUGGGCUCUGUGUCUUCUCUCAAAGGGGACGACUCCAGAUCCAGCACUCCGCCUGUCCCUGCUAAUCCGUUUGAGGAUGAUGAAGAUGAUGUGAUUGAGGAAGAGGAGGAGGCAGGUGAUGAGAGCGUUCCCACCACAGUAGCAGCGACUCACCCCUGGUAUAGCAUCAGGCGGGCAGCGGACUCACCUGCCGCUGACACCUCCCCCAGCAGAGGGAGCACAUCUCGAUCGGAGAGCCCAGCAGGUGGAAAGAGCAAGAAACGACCUGCCCCUAGAGUCCCACCACCACCAACCUUGAACCAAGCCCUGUCCCCCUCUCAGCCCUCCUCCUGCUCCGCCUCUCCAGCCCUGAGCACAGAGAGCCUUUCGUCUGGCUCAGAACAGCGGUCGGCUGGUGGUGCCAGCAGUGAUCAGGAACAAACCAUCACCAAAAGCACCUCAGAGCCCUCCAUUGCCUCUCCGGACAACUCCGUGCCCUCUUCAAAUGACCAUCAGGCUUCACUCAGCCCUUGUCCACCCCAUGUACCUUCAUACGCCAGCUCAGCACCAGCCACUCCUCAAGCAGGUCGCAGUUCACAUGGGUCUGUAGCACCAAGCCCACUUGCUUCAAACCACAAGCGUAUUUGCAAGGAGAAUCCCUUUAACAGGAAGGCAUCUCCAUCACCAGCAAAAUCCAAAGGCAAACCUCCAAAAGGCCCACGACCCGCUAGACCUCCAGCACCCGGUCACGGCUUUCCACUCAUCAAACGCAAAGUGCAGUCAGACCAGUACAUCCCAACCGAAGACAUCUAUGGAGAGAUGAAUCAACUGGAAAAACAACUGGACGAGCUUGAACAGAGGGGCGUGGAGCUGGAAAAGAAGCUACGAGACAACCCUAAUGAUGAAGACGAGGAGCACUUAUUGGUGGACUGGUUCACCUUGAUUCAUGAGAAACACCUUUUGGUUCGCCGGGAAGCAGAACUUGUUUACACGGCCAAGCAGCAAAAUCUGGAGGAGAGGCAAGCUGAUGUAGAGUAUGAGCUGAGGUGUCUGCUCAAUAAACCAGAGAAAGACUGGACGGAGGAGGAUAAGACCCGGGAGCAACAGUUAAUGGCUGAGCUCGUCACAAUCAUUGAACAACGAAACCAAAUCGUCAACACCAUGGACCAGGACAGACAGAGGGAAGAAGAGGAGGAUAAACUUAUGGAAGCCAUGUUGAAGAAAAAAGACUUUUCAAAAGAACCAGAAUGCAACCAGCAAAAGAAAAAAGGGGCAAAGUUCAAACCCAUAAAAGUGUUCAAAAGACUGAGCCACAAAGGAGAGCCAGGCAAGAGCCCCAGCCCACGCAAAGAGAAGAGCUGAAACAGGCCAACAGUGGAUGAAACUCUUUGUGGGGAAAAAGUAACAAACUCCUUUAAUCCUUUGACGACUCAUAAUAUUUAAAGUGACAAUUUGAUUUUUUACAAUGCUCCAAAAACAUUUCCAGCAGGGUUUGUGUUGCUUUAAAAACAUCUUAUCAAAUGCCGUAAGAACUAAUGUCUUCCCAUCUUUUGCACUGAUACUGGUGUGUGCUUUAAGUAACAUGAACUAUUGACUGUGUGAUUUGUGACAAGUCAGUUAAAAGCAUUUUUCAUUAUUAUUUCAGAUAACUGUGGCCUAUUCAUGGGUUUCCAGAUUUAAAGGAUUUGGCACAGUAAUGGUCCACUGUUGUUGUAGCAAUAACGUUGUGCUAAAAUAUGAUAUCUUUUUGACUAGAGAAAGGUUCUCACAAAAUCCUUCAAAUUAGAAAGGAAUCAUUUGCCUGAAACCCAUGAAUAAGUUAGUACUGGAGUUAGUGUUGGAGUUUUUCACUUAUGUUAUAAACUCAGCUAAUGGAUUACUGUAAGUUGUUGGUUGGUCUGUUUUGUCCUGUGGUACUUUUCAGGAAUUAUCUGCUUUAACAUGCCUUCAAACAAAUAUCAACAAAACCCAUCAAGCGGCCAUUGUUAGGCCAUAAAGUUUUAAUCUUUUAUAUGCAUCACAUUACAGAAAUAUUGUAUAUUUGUUCAUUUACUGUAACAUUUUGGUCUAUCAGUAUCGGGAAAAAAUAUCACAUACCCUCCACAAAUUUCACCCUUUAACAGUUCAUAAUAAUAAUAAUAAAGGCAGAUACAUAUCGCAAGAGGCAUCUCAAAGAAAUUCUUUAAAAUAAAUAUGCAAUAAUUAAUUCAUAUUUUUGACAAUGCCUUUCAUGUUAUUUUGCCUUAAGAGUCGCUUGUAAAGUAAAGAGAGACUUGUAUGACUGGCCUUUAUUUAAAUGCUUUUAUGGAUUUUUCAUUAUUGUUCAUAAAUAUUCAUAAACAUA